UGAGAAUGGGGUUGGAGGAGGAGAAAGAAAAAAAAUUAGGGAUGAGAGUAAUUUAGUUAAGGUUGGGGUUUAAUUUAAUAUAAUCAGAUUUGUAUUUUAAUAAGAUUGAUUUUAAAAAAAUAGUAAGGAUAAAAUGGUAAAUUUAACCGUAAAAACUUACCAUAAAAAGAAAGAAAAAAAUUACAAGUAAUGUAAACCAUCUAAAAAUGACAAAAGUUACGAGUAACAAGAAUCGAAGGUAGUAUAUAAAAAAAAAUACUUCGUGAUAAUAAUGAUGAUAAUAAUAAACCUCGACCCAUAUAACAUUAGUAAGCCCAAACCCAAUCCCAAUAGCCCAAAUCUGCCAAACUCCCUGAGACCCUCAGUCCCUCAUUACUAUUCACUAGAAACCCUCAAUCAUUUCAGCCGUUUCACUCAAUCACUCAUCAUUUUUACUCAAUUUUCAUUUUCUCUGUCAUUAACAUUUUCCCUCUUUUGACUCUCUUCAUCUAGUCAUUGCUGCUCUGGUUCGUCUCAUUGUUGCUUCGUCUGACUGCCAUUUUCAUCUCACUGAAUAGUAAAAUACUCGCUUGUUAGGAUGGAAGAUGGAAAAAUUGGUGCUCCAGACAAAGUAUCCGUUGCCUCGAAAAAACCUAAAAUCAAACGAAAGAGGAUGAUAGAUCAGUCUGAGAUAUGGGAGCACUUUGAUAUGGAGAUGACGGAAUAUAGCAUUCGAGCCACUUGUAAGUUUUGUAAAGUCUAGUACAACUACAAGUCUACAAUUCCAAUAAAAAUGGAACUAGUCCUUUAUCUAAUACACCUAAUGACUCUAAAACUAGAGAGGUUGUUAUAUACACCCGUAUAUCGUAUUUAGAGGGUGUUAUAUACACCCGUGUAUCGUACACCCAUGGGUAUUUGUUCUCAAAAAUUAAACUUAGAUUAGUUGGGUGUACGAUAACAAAUUCUACUAAAACUAAGCAAAGUUUGCUAUCUUUUGUAGAUCCUACCAAAACUGCAGUCACAAGUGGAUUGUUUUAUCAUAAAUUUGACCCUGAUGGACUUAGGAAAGCCUUGUCUUUCAUGUUGAUUGUUGAUCAACUUCCUUAUAAGUUUGUUGAGGGCGAAGGUUUUAGAUUUUUUUGUAAUAUGAUGGACCCUAGAUUUCAAGUGCCUUCUUGGCAAACAGUGGCAAGAGAUUGCUUUGAGAUGUAUUUGGUUGAGAAGAAAAGGCUUAAAAGUGUCCUUAAAAAUUGUAAUUCGAGGGUCUGUUUAACUACUGAUGCUUGGACUUCUAUACAACAAAUUAAUUACAUGUGUUUGACUGCACAUUUUAUUGAUAAUGAUUGGAAACUUCAAAAAAAAAUUCUCAACUUUUGUUCCGUUACAAGUCAUAAGGGUGAGGAAGUUGGUAAAAUGAUAGAGAAAUGUUUGCUUGAGUGGGAGAUUGAUAAUAUUUUGGCUAUCACUGUCGAUAAUGCCAGCUCCAAUGACAUUGCCAUUGCAUACAUGAAAAGAAAGAUUAAUGAAUGGAAAACUAGAGUUCUUAAUUGUCGUUACUUGCAUAUGCGUAGUGUGGCUCAGAUCAUUAAUUUUGUUGUUUGUGAUGGCAUGAAAUUUGUUCAUGAGUCCAUCACUCGUGUAAGACACGCUGUGAGGUUUAUUAAGCAGUCACCUACACGAUUGUUGAAGUUCAAGAAGUGUGUUGAAGAUGAAAAAAUUGCUAACAAAAAAUUGUUGUGUCUAGAUGUGCCUACAAUGUGGAAUUCAACUUUUUUGAUGUUAGAUGCUGCUCUUUCUCUUGAGAAUGCUUUUGAAAGAUAUGCAGAAGAGGACCCUCAUUAUGUGAUUGAACUAUGUGAGAGGGAGGGGAAUGGGCGUCCCACAUUUGAUGAUUGGAGUAAUGUUAGAAGGUUUUCUGAAUUUUUAGGAAGCUUUUAUGAGCUAACUUUGCGUGUUUCUGGAACUUCAUAUGUGACUUCAAAUUUAUUUUUCCAUGAACUUGUCAAUGUUUCUUCCCUUUUGAAAGAGUUGUGUGCUUCUGAUGAUCCUGAAAUGUGUUCUAUGGCUCUUAAAAUGAAGGACAAAUAUGACAAGUAUUGGGGUAAUCCUGAAAAAAUAAACAUGUUGAUUUUUAUUGCUGUGGUACUUGAUCCUCGCUACAAACUUGAUUAUGUUGAGUGGAUGAUAAAAGAAAUUUAUGAUGAGUAUAUUGCUCUUAAGUUGGUUAAGAAUUUAAGGGAAACUUUAAAUGCUUUGUAUGAGGAGUAUCGGGUCUUACCUCCAAAUAAUAUUAAUAAGGAGAAAAUUUCAAGUAGUAAGGAUGAAACCUUUACUCCAUACGGUGAAGCUCGUAACCAGUCUUGAGUGCAAAUCAAACUCUCGACAACUUUGGGACUUAGUGAACUCCUAAAUGGAUCGAGAACUCUCCCAUCGGUACUAAAGGCACUUUCAGAAGCAACUGUGGAGAUGGGGUAUGCUAACACAUCACGAGCUAUUCUUUUCAUGGUGGGAAACCUUUGACCAUUCAACUUCCACCACCCUAAAAUAUCAAAUUCCUCAAAGUCCUAUGUUUCUUCAUCCAAAUACUUGUCUAGCUCCAUCUUAGAUUCUCCUUUUCUUUCACAUUUUUGUUUCCUAUACUUACUCUUCAAUGCCUCAACUUUCUUUUGAGUGGAAAGAUUAGUUUCUCUUCUAUUUGAUGCAAAGCAUGAAAGUGACUAGUUAUGCUAAAGACUAUUAUUUAUUUGUCUUGAUUUGGUUUCUCUAUGCAAUGUGAAGAGUGUUUCUUUAACUUAAUGAAUUGAUGACGUGAGUGAUUGGUUAUUUUAGAAGAAACUAUUGAGGAUAAGUUAAAUAAAUUUAACUUGCCUAGAGUUCUCCUAUCUUUUUAUGGAGUGUGUUUCCUAAUAUUUUUUCUAAAGUCUUUUCAAUGUUUAAGGCUAAAUUUGUGAGUAAAGGUCUUAGUUGGAUGACUUAAUUAUUUCGGAUCUUUAAUCUUUGAUGACUCCAAACUGAAGUAGUUUCAUUUUUCAAAUUUGAAUCCAAUCCAAAACAAAAUCUGUACCUUUAACAUUGAAAUUCAAAAGUCGAACAUCACCUGCAAAAUUCCUACAAUCAUCUAUUGUUAACUACAUUCUUUGGGAGAGA